AUGUAUGAGGGAGGCGGGUUCAAAGUUGAGUUGAUCGGCCAAAAAUCCGGGGACGGCACAGAGUUUCUUAGGAUCGAGGAUCAAGCUUUUGAGAUCCUAAGUGGAAUGGUGAUGGUUGAUUUGAAGGAGUUGAGCUUGAGGAGCCACAAGCGGAUGAUUCAUACCAGGGACGAUCUCGCAGAGGCCGGUUUGAUCAAAGCAGGAAAGACGGCUGUCGUGGUCGAUUCGGGUCGAGCAGGGAAGCUCUGGCUGCGAUGGGCGAACCUUGCACUUUCAAGAUCUGUUAGUCACAUGUACACAUGGGUUCACACCGGGGUGGGUCAGACUUCAGCUGACACAUCUCGAGUACGGCCGAAGUAG